GCUGGUCGAGAUCCUAUAAAACAACCUAUUAAAAAAAAAAAAAAGAGAUCCUAUAAAACAGCGAUUUCAGUGUUCUCCCUCUCUCUCACUGUGAACACUCUGCUCUGCUCCCUCGACACAUUUCUCUCUCUCUCUCUCUCUCUCUCUCUCACCCGCACAAACUCACUGUGUUCUCUGCUCGCAACAACUCCUCCUCCUCCUCUUUCUGGAAUCUCAUCUCCUUCUCCCCGCCCCACCAUUGCUGUUUGUUUGAUCAUCCGAAGAUUUAAGCAUAGAAGGCGGUUCCUUUCUUGAGAAUCUUUUCCUUUUUUUCCAGAUUUUUUGUCCCCGUCUGCUGAAGAAGUUGAGCUUUCGAGGUCUCUCUUUUGAGCAGAUUUUUGAACCGUCCCUGUCUGUGUUGUCUGUCUUUGUGGUUAUCUCCAAACAAGGUUUUUGAAGCUUCUUCUUCACGGCUCUCCACUUCACCUUUUCUGGGUCUCCCACCACUGCUCUCUUUAUUCCCGUCCAUAGCCACGCUGAUCCUCUGGUUUCCAUUUCCGAUGCAAGAGUGAGAGAGAGACAGAGACAGAGAAGAGAAUCAAUAUAUCUUCAUCAGAGAUCAUCACUGAGAGACCCAAAAAAAAAAAGAAGAACGAAAAAGGAAGCUGAGAAAUGGACCGAAGCAUCCUAUGCCCGAUCAAGUACACCGAGCACAGAACCCUCUCCAAGAAACUCACUAAAACCCAGAAAUCCUCCGGCCCUCGGAACCCUCCCUUGCCCAGAACCGUCCGGAUAUCCGUCACCGACCCCGACGCCACCGACUCCUCCAGCGACGAGGAGGCUGACCCCUUCUUCUGCCGCCGUCGGGUGAAGCGCUAUGUAUCCGAGAUCUCCAUCGAGACCAGCUGCAAGACCGCGCCCACCCCAAGCAGCCGCAAGAGGAGCUCCAGUAGUAUAGGAGAGUCCCCCGCCGCUACUUCGAGGAAGCCGCUGAAGGUUCCCUCCGCCGACGGUAAUGGCAAGAAGUUCCGCGGUGUACGGCAGCGUCCAUGGGGAAAAUGGGCGGCGGAGAUUCGGGACCCGGCUAGGCGGGUGCGCCUAUGGCUGGGAACCUACGAUACCGCCGAGGAGGCUGCUAUGGUGUACGACAACGCUGCUAUCAAGCUUCGUGGGCCCGACGCGCUGACCAACUUCGUUACCCCGCCGUCCAAAGACAAGGCCUCUGAGGGGGUUAACGUCGACGUUAGCGUUAAGGUUAACGUUAGCGAUCCAUCAGUCUCAGGAUAUGACUCCGGCGAGGAGUCUCACAACCUCUCUUCCCCAACUUCAGUACUGCAGUUCAGGACCCAGUCCUCCAGCGACGACGCCGAGCCGGUUCACGAGCCGAGUCAGUCCAAAACAGUCGAGGAGGUUCAGGAGUGUCAAGGGGAAACGAGCCUGUCAGAGUCAGCCGAGUUCUUGCAGCUCGACCUGCCCCCGUUCAUGGACGAUUUCUUCAACUUCCAACCGCCGGACUGCACGCUCUUCGACGAUUCCGGGGCGCUGCACAGUAGCCUGCAGAGUGAGGAUUACUUCAGCGACUUGUUCCUGGAGACACUGCCUGACGAUUUCCCGUCGCUGUGCAUCGACACGUGUCCGGUGGAUGACUACUUUCAAGACAUCGGCGAUUUGUUCGCAUCGGACGCUCUCGCGGUCCCAUGAGAAGCUGGAAAUGGGGCUCAGGCUCACCCACCCGUAUUAGGAAGGGGGCGACCCAGUGAGAGUGAUCGUUUGAGUUGAGGCGUCGCCGCUGCUGGCUUGCCGGUUGGUUUCUCGGCAGAUUUUGUACCGGCGGCGACCGUUCAUGGGCCAGUUUUUUUUUUUUUUAAAUGGGGCUUAUUAUUAUUACUGUUGCCUUUUUUUAAAAAAAAAUUUUAGGAGUUUUAAAUUAUUUAUUUUUUGUUGGUAAAUCUCCGUUAAAACUUAACUGAGAUCUGAGAGUGGGAGAGAGCAAGUAGUCGUCGUGAGAAUAAAUAAAGCUGUAAAAUCUUUUUUAUUUUUAUUUUUUUGCCCAGAAAGUAAUUAAUGCUUAAUGUGUAAUCGAAAUUGCAUUGUCCGUCUGUCCAUUUUGUCAAUUCCCACGUGGCAAUGGUCUUCGUGUGUGAAUGACGUGGCUUGAGUCAAACGUCCACGUGGCAUUCCCUUUGCCUC